AUUGGUGACCCUGUAUGCGGAAGAAAAACCCACAGAUCAAUGGAAAAUAAUUCCAUUUUUCCAAAAUUUGGAGCAAAAUACUAUUCUUAUUCAUUAUAAACCAUAUAAUUACAAAUUUCUCACGGAAAAUAUGAGUGCAACGACGCCAUUUUGUACAUAUGACGUUUCCUUGAUCUGUGUCUCCACCAUACAUUUUUUCUUCGCGUCAUUUCUGUAGCUUGGCAGCAUUUGCUUGCAGCCCUGCAUUUCUGGUCAAAAUAAAUGAUUCCCUAAAUACAAGACAGAAUUUAAAAGAUGUCUUCAAAGUCUGUUAUUAGUUCUUGUUUGGUCUGCAAUUCCUGUUGUACGAGCAAUACUGGGAUACAAGUCUUCAAUAUCCAGGUAAUUUAAAUAUCUUUUCUCUAUACAUAAGGAUCCCACUCUAAAGCAAACUGAGAGAAAUAGAGAGUAUGUAUAUGAAAACUAUAAAUAUUGAUGGCAUGUGUUCGUAUUUUGCUGCAGGUUCCUAACCAGCUAAACAAGUAAAUAUACUGACAAAAUAACCUUACCUGUUUAGUUUGCAGUUUUAAAAAUUGGUGUAUGUACUUACAUUGACAUGGAGCUCAAUGAUGAAAUACUAUUGUAUAGACAUUGUAUAAUUUAAGGCCUCAUUUUGUAAUUAUAAACCUCAAAACUAAGAGAAUAGUCCACUGUAUUGCAAGCUGUGAAACUCAGGUGCCCUAGGGCAGCUGCCUUGGUUAGCACUGGAUAACUUUGUAUAGCAGUGUUGAGAGCAAAACAUAAGCAAUAUAAUAAUAAUAAUUAGGUAUAUUUACUCUUGGAAUACAAUACAAAGAUUGAGUAAAUAAAUAUGAAAUAACAUAGGAGGCAUUGCCUGUACAUGGCCAUAGAUGUUGCAACUGUAUUAUUGAAAUAUGAAUAGAGAUACAACUAAUCAACGAUUUAUUUGAUCACAUUUACUAUUAAUUUGUAUACGUCUGGCAUUGCCAAAGAAAAAAUCCAUUCUUUAAACUUUUUACUCCCAAAGUGUGGAUCCGUUAUGUCGUCAGCACAAUGAAUUUACCGAAGAUCUAGCAUAUCUGCUUUCCAAGCUGUUAAACAAGGAUAUAAAACAGGAUCCAUUGUCCAUACAACUAAUAUGCAAGAAAUGUUAUAACAUGGCCAAAGAGCUAGACGAUUUACAGAAUAGGGUGUUGAAAAUCAAACAUGAGAUGCUUGGCAGCAGUGUUGAAAAGACGGAAAUUGAAGAUGAGGGCGAAGAUAAGGCUACUCUUGUAGAAGGAAGUGAAAACACAGGUGAAGAAGAAACAGAUGGGAUUGCUAACAAUGAAGAUGGUUUGCCAAAGAAGAUACUAUUCAUUCCAUCUUCUGAUGAUGAUUCAACACAGGUGUCAUCAGAAAAACAACUAGGAGACUUGCAAUUCGAACUGGUUGAGAUUAAAAACAGUAAAGAUAUUGCUCCCAGUGAGUCAGAGGAACAAGAAAAAGAACAUGAAGAAGACAUGGAUGUGGAUACUGAAGCAAAUUUCCACAGUUUCACAGAUGACAAUAUUUUAGAUCACUCCUCGGAUGUAGAAUAUGAAACUGGUACCACUGUUCUUACAACAGAUGAUCUAAGCAAGCCAACUAUCAGACUAACAGACAAAAAUAUUGCAGUAGACGGUGGUAUUAAAGUGAAAACAGAACCAAGUGCCGGGGAAGAACAACCUCAGCAACAAAUUUUGACAACUGUGACAUCGAGUUUGAAACCAAAUAUACUAAAAAAGAAGGUGGUUCAUAAGGCACAACAAAACGUGACACUGCUGACUAGCCCGCCUUCGAAACCAAACAAAUUCGAUGAUGCCGCCGAAAAUGUAGUGAGCAAAGAGGGAGAGUACUAUACCUGUCUGAUGUGCGAUCCUGAUCAGACUGUUGUUAGAGAUACCAAAGCGAUUACAGCACAUACAAAGCAAACGCAUGAUGUCAGGAUAUAUAUUUGCGACGUCUGUGGUGCGGUAUUUAGAAAGCGAACUCAAAUGUCAGCACACCUGGACGAGCAUGUGGCAGCUGACGAAGGCGAUUUUCAGUGCGAAGUGUGUAACAGGAUUUUUAGCAAUUUGCGGUUGUUUCGGAUACACCGGCGGAUGCACUUUCCACAGAACAAGGCCUGGGAAUGUACUACUUGCGGCAAGAAGUAUAGUAGUAAAAAUUUGCUGGACGAGCACAUCAAUACCCAUUUAGGUUUGAGACCAUAUGUGUGUACAACUUGUGGUAAGGAUUUUGCCAGUAAAUAUACCUUUAAGGCACACGAGAAGACUCACGAAGUUAGACCACGGCCUUACAAGUGCAACCAGUGUGCGAAAUCCUUUUUGAGUCAACAGAACUUAACACAGCACGAAAGGACGCAUUUGGGUGUAAAGGAAUAUGCCUGCCACCUGUGCGACAAGACCUUCGGCUCGGCCCAUAACCUGGAAGUGCACUCGAUCGUGCACACUGGCUACAAGCCGUUCGUGUGCGGAGUGUGCGACAAGGCGUUCGCCCGUAAAGCGGAGAUUCGCGACCACGAACGCACACACACUGGCGAACGGCCAUACCAGUGCGAGUUCUGUGGCGCCACCUUUAGUCAGAGGUCCAACUUGCAGAGCCAUAAGAGAGCCACGCACUAUGAUGACAAGAGAUACAGAUGCAUAGAAUGUGGUAAAGGAUUUAAACGAAGACGCUUAUUAGAUUAUCACGUUAAAGCAGUGCAUACAGGAGAACGUCCGUUCAGGUGCGAAGUAUGCGAAGCGACAUUCGUCUACCCGGAACACUUCAAAAAACACCGUCGCAUCCACACCGGCGAGAAGCCGUACCUGUGCGAGGUGUGCGGCAAGGCGUUCAACAGCCGCGACAAUAGGAACGCCCACCGAUUCGUGCAUAGCGACAAGAAGCUGUACGAGUGCCUGGCGUGCGGCGCUGGGUUCAUGAGAAAGCCACUGUUGUACCAGCACAUGCAUGCGCAGGGCCAUCUCAAUGAUACUAUCGUUGUUAAUCAGCCAAGACUGACCACCGACGAUGACGAAUUAGUAACCGUAAACGCAGCCGGCGAGAUGGAGAUCAUCGACGGGACGGGGAUCCUCGACGGUGGUAAUGGCGACGGUGCGUCCAGAUCAUCCGUCGUCACCGAGCCCGUAGAGUCGAAACUUUACAUCCAGAAUGCGACGGUGGAUGCAGAUGGGGAAGUCUCCGGCGGACAUAUUAUUAUCAACGGGGAGCAGUUCAACUUUGCGGAGAGCGGUACGGAUGAUGAGAAUGACGCGGAGAUUAUUGGGAGGAUAGAGCAGGUGGUUGCCGCCUCAGAUCAGGAUGAUGAUUACGAUGAAUUGAUUGCAAGUGAAUCUUUAACGUGCGAAGAAACGCAGAUCAUAGAAACUCCAGAGGGCCCUGUUCAACUAGUGAAGGUUCGGAUACCCAACGAAAAUGGGGAAGAAGAAGAGGCUUGGGUGAAAAUUGUUCCAGAAUGAAUGUUCUAGUCAAGAAAAAACUCGAUAUCAAACUUUGUAUUCAUUCAAUAUUCUUACAGAGUGAAUAUUGUUCAACUAUUGGUGUUAGCAAAAGUGCUGCACAUAGAUUUAUACUCCUUUGACACCUAGCAUAUAAACCCUAUUCAAACUUCAUUUACGCCGCGUUAAAACACAGGCCAAUAGCGAGUAUUGCUUGUUUUGCCGAGCUGUAAUUGCGAUUUCAAUAGAGUUACAGUUUUUCGAAAGAAACAGACAUGAUGAAAUGAUAUAUUAUGCAUUAUACCGUUAUUAGUUCCAGCUAUUCUCAAGUAUGUCCCAUAAUUGCCAUUUUACUAUGUCUAUAUCUUCAUAUGUUAUAACUAACUACCUUACCAAAGUUUACAUUGCAUGUCUUGAACAAGAUCAAAUCUUGUAUCCUUUUCGAUCAUCUUUCCAUUCUUCUACCUCAACAUUUGAUCGCGUACUGAAACCGAGCGGAAUCGAUUAACUCUGGUUUUUGACAGAGUAUCCAGCUUGCUUUUAGAGGAACAGUGAUUUUGAAAAGCGUUCUACAUCGUCUCAAGAUUAGCUCCAACAGGCAAGCCAAAUACAAUACAAUAAGUAGACUCAACCAAUUUCGUUCAAUCACCAGGUGCGUGAUAAAAUAGAGCAGAAGAGAAUGAAUGAUAAAAUGUAUUGCGUUUUUAAUGCUCAUAUCCUGUGACUUUGCAGUUGAUUGGCAAUCCAUUACCAGAAUUUUUAUUAAUGAUGGAUCGCCAUGUAUAUAUUUGUAAGUAAAAUCUCUAUUCUUUAUGUAUCUGCCCAUACAAUUUUUGAUUAUAUGGAAAAUAUUUAAA